AUGGCUCCUAGAGAUGCCGAAUCAUCGUCAGAAGACGACAACGAUGGCUAUACUACGACGAACGUGACUCUAGGAUACGCAUCACACGAGCCAGUCGGCGACGACAUCAGCCACCUGGGAGGUCAUUCGACCUGGAUCGAUGAUGGUCACAAACCGUCUGGAGCGCUUGCGAAGUGUAAAGUCUGCAAUGGCUAUACAUCGCUACUUCUUCAGCUCAAUGCAGACUUGCAACAGCAGUUUCCCAAUGACGAUCGCCGACUUCAUAUUUUCUGCUGUCGCAAGAAGACCUGCUCCAAAAAGAUUGGAAGUGUAAGAGCAUUCCGAGAAGUGCGGAAGCCAGCAGUCAGACAGCGUCAGACAGAGUCAAAGAAUGCCGUUGAAAACGCAGCGGAUGUCAAGUCGAACGUGGACAUUGGUUCUGCGUUAUUUGGUUCUGCUGCUAACAAAGCCUCGCCAAACGCGAACCCGUUUUCUCUAUUUUCGAGCUCAUCUGCUGCAGUGAAUCCCUUCUCGACGUCCUCAACAUCUGCCUCGCUGGCAGCGAUCCCGCCGCAGAGUCCUGUAAAUGACAGUGAGCCACCCAUAGCAACGUUUGCAGACAAGCUGAAGAUAUCGACUGCUUCAUCCACAAGCCCGUCAAGCACCCAGCCUGCGGAGCCUUGGCCGGUACUCUCGUCGCUGCCUCCAGCGUUCCCACACUGUUACCUUGAUGCAGAAGCAGAGGAAUUGGAGCCUGAGGCGACGGCGGCAGAAGGGUCAAAAGCAGCAGCAGCAGUCAACCAAUUUGAUACAGAUGAUUCAAGCGCCGUCGGUGCAGACAAGGACACCUUCGAGUCGACGCUCGAUAAAACAUUCCAAAAAUUCUCGGAUCGCAUAGCCCAGAAUUCGGAACAAGUACUGCGGUAUGAGUUCAAGGGCCAACCUCUUCUCUACUCUGGUCAUGACGACGUGGCCUCUCGCUUUGUUGUGCCACAUGGCAAAGCAGGCGCCGUUAGAGGCAUUCCGAGAUGUCAGAGCUGUGGUGCACAAAGAGCCUUCGAGCUACAGUUGGUGCCAGGACUCAUCUUUGAGCUAGAGAAGGACGAAACCAUGGACCUAGAUGAUGGAAUGGAAUGGGGUACGAUACUGGUUGGCACAUGUACGAAUAAUUGUGGGGAUACUGGCCAAAUCAGCUUCCGGGAAGAGUGGGUGGGAGUGCAAUGGGAGGAGAGGACUGCGAAGACGACUUGA